CGGGCGGCCCCGGCGGAGAGCGGGACGCGGGGACAGCGGGACGCGGGGACACACGGCCCGCCGGGACACACGGCCCGCCGCCAUGGAGCACGGCCAGCGGCAGCAGGACGAGGGGGAGGAGCAGCGGCCUCAGGAGCCGUGGUUCUGGCUGGCAGCAGAGCUGGGGAGCAGCUGCUCCUGGGACACCAAGCUGGGCCUGAGCUGUGCCAGGAGGGACCUGUCGGAGCUGCCCACGCUGGAGGAAGGGCUGCUGUCCUCAGCAGAAGCUUCUGGAGCUCCAGCCCCGGCCUCACCCCUGGAUGUCCAGGAGAGCAGAUUCUCCCCCUGCCUGCCCCUGCUGCUGAGCCCAGGCCUGGCUGAGACGUUCCUGCAGGGAUCCCACCUGGAUUUCCUUCCCCUGAGAGGAGUCCCGGAUGUUUCUGGAGCAUCCCUGGAGCAUCCAGAGCCUCCCCAGGUCCAUGGCAGCACAUCCCUGAGGGGCCCAGCCCUUCCCAGUCCAUCCCAGCCCGUGGGACAGGCGGAUCCUGGAGCUGCUCCCCGCGCUGGGCAGCGCCUGGGCAGCCAGGGGGACAGCGGGGACAGUGACAGUGGCACUGAGCAGGAGGCAGCAGCCCCCCGGGGCAGGGCGGAUCCGGCACACCCAGCUCCAGAGGAGGGGCUGGCAAAGGCGCUGGAGCAGCCCUGGAGCACAGCUGGGAGGGACU